CCUUUCAUCUUCUCUCCCCCGAGCCCCGCCCCCUGGCCACGCCUCCUGCGUCACGUGUCCACGGGCCCUGACAUCCGGGGCCCUGACAUCCGGGGCCCUGACAUCCACAUCCGGGCCUCGCCUGAGCCAACACGUGCGCAGCCUGGGCCCUUCUUCCCGCCACUUCUCCGUCGACUGCCUGCAGAGGGGUCAAAGGGUGUGCUUGGACGUGGGAAACACAACGCGAGAACGAGAUGGACGUCAGCUGCCACCACAACGAGACGAUCGCAUUCUUCUACCGCAACAGCAACAAGCCGCUCUACGACGAGUGGUCCUUCACCAGCACGCUGGUCAUGGUGCUCGGCCUGACCUUGUGCCUCGGCAUCAUUCUGGCCAACGCCCUCGUCAUGUUCGCCGUGUACAUCAACAAGACACUCCACCACCCCGUCUACUUUCUCAUGGCCAACCUGGCCGCGGCGGAUUUAUUUGCCGGAGUGGCGUACAUCUACCUGGUUGUCAACACGGGGCCCAACACUCGCAAGCUGUCGCUGGAGACCUGGAUGCUGCGCCAGGGGCUGAUCAACACGAGCCUCACCGCCUCCGUCGCCAGCCUCCUGGUCAUCGCCAUCGAGCGCCACGUCGCGCUGUUCCGGAUGCAGCGGAUGAGCGAGCGGCGCGUCGUGACGGUCGUCGCGAUCAUCUGGCUCGUGGCCAUCAUCGCCGGCGCCAUGCCCACCAUGGGCUGGAACUGCGUCUGCGACGUCGGCACGUGCUCCACCAUGGCGCCGCUGUACAGCGCCAGCUACGUCGCCUUCUGGGCCGGCUACAACCUCUCCAUGUUCCUCAUCAUGGCGGGGCUCUACGGCCACAUCUUCGUGAACAUGUGGAGGGACAGGAUACCCGUGCUGCAGAAUAGCUCCAGGUGCUCCCGGAGGCAAGACGCCCCCGUGAGCUUGCUCGUAACGGUCACCAUCAUGUUGGGUAAGCGUUGUGGGUCUCCUUUAUUGUGCUGGACGCCGGGCCUGGUGAUUCUGCUGCUGGAUUCCUUCUGCUCGGACUGCAACGUCCUGGCCUUCGAGAAGUACUUCUUGCUCAUAGCGGAGCUCAACUCCGCCAUGAACCCCAUCAUCUACUCGUUUCGGGACACGGAGAUGAUCGCCACUUUCAAGCGCAUCCUGAGCUGCCGAAAGGCGGGAUGCGUCGCAGCGAGCGGCUCCGAAAAAUCAAUUUCCACGUCGAAUCCCAACCUGGUUACGGAGAUCGGUCACGUGACCACCGCGAGUGCGAUGAAGAUGAAUCAGAUUGUCAUCUAAUAUCUAAUUGGGCUAACCAUGCAUGUUUUGAUAAUUGUUCUUUUACCCUUCUAUCUGGCAACAAA